CGUGAGAGAUAGAGAAAGAUGAGAAAAAGAGUUGACUCACAAAAAGUGAUAGUACUGCUUUUCGACGCUUUCGGAAACACAAUUCUGCUUCCCUUCGACGUCCUCACAGGUGCUGCUGAGAAGUGGCUACGAUAUUAAUUCUUGCACCACCCGGGAGUCCCGAUAAGCUUGAACUUUUGCCCUCAACAAUUUCAGCCCUUUUUUGAAACAAUCAUAGAAGAUUUGUGCUUUCCUAGAUUGAAGUCAACGAUCUUGGGUUUUGCUGUUUUGUGUAACUAAACGGAGCUAGAAUUUUUAUCGCUGUUUGCUCUAGUGUAUCAAAUCACAUAUAUAUUAGAGUAUUUUAUAGGCAAGGGAGUGAAACUUCGAAGGGAGUCAAGGGAGCCAAGGGAGGAAGAUAAAACUUGUACAAAUUGCCUCCCCUAAAAUCAUCGCAAAAAUCCAUGCUAUGGGCGCAUUUACCGGCCACCGGUUUGGGCCCUGCUGCCCCCCCCGCUGCGGCCCCAGUUUUGGCCGCGUUUAGGCUUUGGCUCGCUGCCGAAGGUCCUGGCCUCUUGAAGAAGGUGAGGGCUUCUAGAGUAGCCCCCGUAAACAGAAGUCGCCGGGGCGGCCUGGCCUCUGCCUGGCAACAUAGAGCGUGGAGCCGAAGGACCGCGUAAACUGUUGCCGUGGCCAUGUCAAGUUUCCGCUGUCCAGGGGAAGUUGAGGCAGCCACCUCAGCAAUUUGCUUAUCGAGAUCUUUCGCGCGAGGUUCUGCGUGACCAGAUUCAACGUCAUGCCGAGCAGAGAAUACGAAUGAAGUGGAAAUGUUGCAGCGGCCACUUCGACUUUCUUCAAUCGGGAAAGAGUUGCAGCGGCCGUCGGAGCGCGCCGCAAGUGUGAGGCCCACACGCGUAGCAUAUGCAGCCUGCUUCGCAUUGAUGCUUCGCAACAUUCCCACAUGUGGGCGUAUGUCCUACAUGUUGCACGUGCCUCGCCGCGCGCGCGCGCAGCGCGCGGCCCGAAAAAUUUUUGUGGUGUGCGCACACAUGUCGACUCGCGCGCGCGCAGCGCGCGCCGCGAAAAAUUUUUGCUAUAUGGCCAUCGCAUUGGCGCGCGCGACUGCUUUUUUAACUUACUCCCUUGACUCCCUUGAAAAGUUGCGCUGUACUCCCUUGGCUGGCGCCAGACACUAAUAAACCUAAUAUAUGUAGUAACACAACUUCUAACAACUACAACAUCGACGACUCUCAUCUUCUCCAUAAACUUUUUCAAUCGAAUAUUAAAGCGUUUUUACCGUUAAAAGAAUCAAUCAAAAACAAGCACCAUGGAUCUGCUUCACGAGAUGCGCAAGCACGCGGGGCCGCGGCUGACCGUGGGCUUGUAUGACAGUGCACAACUACUCCCCCUCCCCCCCCAUCUGUAAGUAUAGUACGAACGGCUUUACGAGCAUCAGCAAGAGUGCCGGUUUUGCAUGACAGAUUUGCACUGGAGUGUAGUGCUAUUUGGGGCAUUAGAUGAACUUGUGAUGCAUAAUAGUGAAAGGAGGGAAAGCGUGGAUUUGGUAUUCUGCAUGAGAAAUGAGAACGAGGGGGAGUUGUGCAUUGUCAUAGCUUGCCCCAGGAGUACAUCAAGAAAUUUCUCGUGGAAGACCACCAACUCGUGCUGGCGAUCCAGCACGCGCACGAGAAAUGGAAACAAUUAGAUCCCGCGCAGACGUACCGGAAGCCGGAGGGGCAGCUGAUCGCGGAACUGCAACAGGGGUGGUGCCACCUGUACCCCGAGGACACGCGGAACCCCUACGUCCCGCUGGCCGCCAAGGGGCCCUGGAUCGUCACCAUGUAUGGGGCCGUGCUGCACGAUAACGGCGGCUACGGCAUGCUCGGAUUCGGCCACUCCCCGGACGCGGUGAUGAAGGCCAUGUCCGAGGACGUGGUGAUGGCCAACAUCAUGACCCCGGCCCUUAUGCAUUGCAAAAGAAUCGUAUUGUAGUAUGACUUGCAUGACAAAUUUUCUUAAGAACAAACACAAAGGUAACUGCUACAAUUUGGCAUGCUAGUCCAGGUAGAAGAUCGGGUUUGUGAUGCAUGAUUUUGAUUGCAAAAACCUCGUACUGCGACGGCGAUACUUUUGCAAUGCAUAGCCCUGUAUCAACUGUAAAAAUGUCUGGGUCUGGAAGAAUCCAACUUGUCAUGCUGAUUUUGGAUUCCAAAAAAAUCUGUAUUGCAUGAGCAGCAAAGCGAGUCCAAGUUUUGCUACACGGAAAGAGCAUUUGUCAUGCGGUAUAGGCAUCAGGAAGCCCUCACAAAAUCUGUGAUGCUAGGGCAUGCAUCACAGACAUCAGGAGCCAUGCAAAAUGUGCAUGACAAACCUGGAAAUCUUCCAGACGCAGACAUUUUUACAUUUGAUACCCUGGGGCAGAAACAGUUCAUCGACGCGUUGCACAAGGAGAUCGGGUACCAAAUGUAAAAGUGUCUGGGUCUGGAAGAAUGCAACUUGUCAUGCUAAAUCUGAAGCAUGCGAAAAUCUGUGUUGCAUGAUUACCAAACGUCGUCCAGUUUUGACCAAGUCGGGAAGGACUUUCUCAUGCAGGAUAGGCAUGAGAGAGAUCGCGCAGAAUCUGUCAUGCUAGGUCCUGCAUUCCAGACCUCAUGGGUCAUGGAAAAGCUGCAUGACAAAUCGCGCAUUCUUCCAGACCCAGACACUUUUGCAUUUGAUAUCGGGCACAACCGCCCGGACGGGUGCCCCUUCAGUGGGUUUCUUCUCAUGAACUCCGGUUCGGAAGGGAAUUCCGUCGCGGACCGGUUGAUCGACAUCCACACGGGGACCGUGAUGGCCGAGCCGGAAAACCGAAAUAAGAAGGUGAAGUGCGUCGCGCUGAAGGGCUGCUUCCACGGCCGGACCUACCGCCCCGCCCUGUGGACGGACGCCUGCCACGAGCGGUACAGCUCGGCGGGGGUGUACUCGAUCAUGAAGUUAUCCGAGAAAAAAACUGUGUUAGUGUAGGUGGCGUGAGGUGACAGCAUGAGAAAUCUGUUCUGCAUGACAGAAAAAGCAUGUCAUGCGCAGCUACUAAGUGAAAACACAAAUGAAAUAGGACUUCAUGGUUGGCUAGCAUGACAAGUCUAACAGUGUUGCAUGCUUUGCAUCACAGACUUACACUUACACAGUUUUUUUCUUGCAUAGAAGUCCUACGAAGAGGAGUACUGCUGGAUCUGCGAGGUGAACGACUGCGCCGACCUAUUACCAUGAAAAAUGCCCCCACCCCAAUAAAAGUUGCAAUAAUUUGUGAUGCGAAGUUUCCAAAUGAAAACUUUUUGUCAUGCAUCAAAGGAAUAUGAGUCUUUUCUUAAUCUUAUCUUUUUGGUGCAGAGUCUAGGCGUAUAUAGCAUUGCUUGCAUGCGCAUGGCAAGCGCCGCUCUUGCUGGGAUCUGUUGCAAUACAAAUCUUCGCUAUUGACGAUUGGAAAUCUGUGAUGCUGCUAGAUGCAAGAGGGCGAGUGUUUCUGUUGGAAAGGUUUGCAAUACAAAUGCUCCCAAGUUCGGGGGUGGGGGCGUUUUUCAUUGUGAUACGACCUGCAGCGGCUGUUUGACAAGGCGGUGAAGGAGAAUUGCUUCAUCGAGGCGAUGUUUGUCGAGUCCGUCAUGGGGGAGGGAAAUCCCGGCGUGGCCAUCACGGCGGAAUUUUUCGCGAAGGCACGGGACUUAACCCUGAAACACAACUCCAUGCUGCUUGUGGACAACAUUCAGGCCGGCAUCCGCACGACGGGAAAUCUUUCCAUCGUGGACUACCCGGGCUUCGAAAAGAUUCCCGGCCCGAUAUCCAAGAAAAAAACUGUGUUAGUGUAACUUUCUUUGGUUGCCAGCAUCACAAAUUUGCUCUACAUGACCGAGAAAACCUGUCAUGCGCGGCUUGUAAGGGAAAACACACAUGAAAAGAGGACUUCAUGGCUGUCGGGCAUGACAGAUGUAACUCUGUUGCAUAUUCUGCAUUACAGAGUUACACUUACGCAGUUUUUUUCUUGCAUAUCCGGACUUCGAGGUGUACAGCAAGGCGAUUAACGCGGGCCAAUACCCGGUCUAUGCAUUGCGAAUAUGUCUAGGUCUGGAAACUUGUGAUGCUGAACUGUGCACGACUGAAAUACUUCCCAAGGCAGCCAAGCAUGACAAGGCUGCCGAACACUUUGCCAUGCGCAGUCCGCAUGACAAGCUGCGCUUUUAUAUGACACAAGAGGGCGUUUCAUCGUUGGUCAUGCAAUACAGAUCUUACAGGAAUGUAGAACUGCAUUACAAGGUCCAUGGUUCCAGACCCAGACAUUUUUGCAAUGCAUACGGUCUCCUGCCUCGCCAUCUCCCCCCGCGCGCAGGCGUUCUACAAGCACGGGGUGUACGGAAACACGAUGACGGGGAACCCGCGGGCGUGCUUGGUCGCCGCGGCGGUGCUGAACAGCAUCACGGAGCCGAUGCGCAAGAACAUCGUGCAGAUGGGCAAAUAUGCAGUGGAAAAGUACAAGGAACUGCAAAAGGAGUUCCCAAAUCUGAUCACAAACGUGACCGGCACCGGACUACUCUACGCGGUCCAGUUGAACGAGGCAAUUUUCGCGGUGGUCGCCCGGGACGGGGCGGAGUACUGGCUGCGACAGCAGGGCCUGGGCGUGAUCCACGGCGGACACAACGCGUUGCGGUUCACCCCGCGGUUCUGGAUCACCAAGGCCGAAAUCGACUUGCAGGUGGAGCUACGCAUUGCAAAUAUGUUUGGAUCUGAAAAGAAUGGGACAUGUGAUGCUAACUUUGAAUGAUACAAGAACCUGUAUUGCAUGAAUAGCAAAAGAUUUGCGUAGAUUUUUGCCACCCGGGGAGUGCAUUUCUCAUGCGGGACAGGCAUUAGCAAGCCUUUGCGAGAGCUGUGACGCUAGAGCAUGCAUUACAGGGGUCGUGUCGCAUGUACUAUUGUGCAUGACAAACUCCCCCAAUCUGGUGCCAGACCCAGAAAGAUUUGCAAUGCAUAGAAGCUGGUCCGCGCGUUUUUGAAGCGGAUGGACAGCGAGGCGGUGCGGCUGUUGGCACCGAGGUUGCAGAAUUUGCGAAUCGCGUCGUUGCGCGACAUUUCCUCCACCGCGGCGGGGUCGUCCACCGGGGCCUCUUCCGGCGAGGAAACCUUCGGCGCCUUGCCGGACAGUGGGGACAGUAAUAAGCCCCCGAUGAAGUCAAUUCAGCUGCUAUCCUGAGUAAAAACGUACCCACACCAGAGUCAGGAUGGGGAUUUUGCAACACAAACCUAGAAGCUUUGUGAGUCACGCAUGACAAGUUGCAGUCCGUAAGGUAGUGCAAGUUAGCAAGGAAGGCCGCAUCACAAAUCGACCUGCUGAUCCUGUUCACAGCAUCACAAAUUCCAAAACACGAUUGGAAAUGGCUCUCAUGCGGAUGCGCAUUACAAGUCUUCCUGUCUUUGCAAAUCUGCAUUACAACUCUGGUGUGGGUACGUUUUUACUCAGGAUAGCUGCAGCUCAAAGGGCACCUGUUCGACGAGAACAUCAUCAACGAGGUGCUCAACAAGGUGGAAAAGACCGAGGGCUCGGCGCGGAUGCUCAGUUUGCGGUUGGGGGACAACGUGCGCGAGCAGUCGGAGGCGAAGUUGCAGGUGUUCACCCCGGCACCGCGGAAGAACGAGUUGCUGAAGCAACUGCAAGUGAUGGAAAAUUGCGAGAUCACGUCGUCUUGAUAGAUCUGCAACUACGGGGUUUCGAUUUCAUCUACUUUCUUAUGCGGUUUUUGCUACACUCCGACCACGACGACCAGAAGUACCAACGAACUGGUUCAAUAGGUUGUGUGUUUUCUUAUCCUAAUCUUGUAAAAAUUUAGUCAAAGAAUGUUCUUCAGGAUCAUCUGUAAAAUUGCUGCAUGUCGAUGCGCGGCAAGCACAGUAGACUGCAGAGUUUCACACAUGAUUUUGCGUAAUUGUAGUCUUUAACAUAUCAAAGCUUCUUCCUCGCUAUUCUAUACCGUUUUUCCCGCUCGACUAAAAGCAACUCUUCUAAGCGCUACCCUACCCGUGUACAGAGACUUUUUCAACCGCCCAUUGUGCUUUUUGUAAGCACCUUUAUUUGGACAGGCACUUCUUGCUGUCUUUGAUUACCAUCUGAUCUUUCUCUUUUCAUGGGAGGAGCGGCUUUAGCUAAAGUGUAUCUCCUCGUCCGUCUAUUUGGAGCAAAUCUUCUCCGGUAUUGCUUUUUUCCCUGUUUACGAUGAAUCCAGAAAGACAAAGAAUGAAUUUAGACAGAACUUGGAACUUUUUCUUUUCAACACAAACUAGCACGGGAGUUUGGAAAAAAAAGCAAUACUACAACUUACACUUCUUGUUUGUAAUUAUGCAGUACGUUCUUCUUCAUGUUCAUCUUCAAGGAGCGGUAGCGGGGAGAUACAAGCGAAGAAUUUUUCCGCUCGAUUGCUAACAUCUGUAGAGACGUUGGUUUUGGAAACUUCAGCUUUCUACCAAGGGACAAGAGGCACCGCGAAUCGCUGG